GCACAUGAACGCGCGUGGCCACUGAUCGCCGAAUCCGCUUCCCGUGUGUGCCAGCCAUUUGCUGCCGUGCCGUGUUUUGUGACCGCGACCGCCCGCCUUUUGGGCUGUUUUCUUUCGCCUCCGCAUCCCCAUCGGUUCCCGGGUUGCACCGCGGGGACAGCCGUGCGAGGAGAGUGGAGCGACAUUCGGCAACGACGUACGCAGCAGCUGCUCCCUCCUGCAGGGUAGAGCGAACGAGGUCCGGCCGCGGCGUCACGCAGCAGCAGCAUCAUCCGCCAGCAGAUGCAGGACCGGCAGAUUCUGAAGAGGCCCGGGGCCUCUUCCGGAGGCACCAGCGCCAUGGUUGAGCGCAUCGUCGAGGAGAAUUGCUGCGACGUCAAUUCCGAUGUGGCACGCAAAACCGAGUUCGCGCGGUACAGCAGCGAGGAGGUGUCGGGCAGUGAGUCGAACGAGGCCCGCCUGCUCUCGGAAGCCGAGCGGCAGGCCGACUUCAACCGGCACAAGGAGGAGAUGAAGCGCAAGCGGCGCCGAAAGAAGCGUGCCAGCUCAUCGAUGCAGUCGUCAUGUUUUCAAGAGCUGUACAAGCUGACUGGCGAGGUGCUGGGCGAGGGCGCGUACGCAUCGGUGCAGACCUGCAUCAACAUCUACACCGAGCUCGAGUACGCGGUGAAGAUCAUCGACAAGAUACCGGGGCACGCGCGGGCCCGCGUCUUCCGCGAGGUGGAAACGUUCCACCACUGCCAGGGGCAUCCGAACAUCUUGCAGCUGUUAGAAUUUUUCGAGGACGAGGAAAAGUUUUAUCUAGUGUUCGAGAAGAUCAACGGUGGCCCGCUGCUGACGCGCAUCCAGGAGAACGUCUGCUUCUCCGAGUACGAUGCGGCCCAGAUCAUCAAGCAGAUCGCGUCCGGACUCGACUUUCUGCACAAGAAGGGCAUCGCGCACCGGGACCUGAAGCCGGAGAACAUCCUGUGCGUGGUGCCGGACAAGCUCUGCCCGAUCAAGAUCUGCGACUUCGAUCUCGGCUCGGGCAUCAAGUUCACCACCAACAUCUCGUCGCCGACCGCCACGCCGCAGCUACUGACGCCGGUCGGUAGUGCCGAGUUUAUGGCACCGGAGGUAGUCGAUCUGUUCGUCGGCGAGUCGAACUACUACGACAAGCGGUGCGAUCUGUGGUCGCUCGGGGUGAUCGCCUACAUUCUGCUGUGCGGGUACCCGCCGUUCUCCGGCAACUGCGAGCAGGACUGUGGCUGGAACCGGGGCGAAAACUGUCGCACCUGCCAGGAGCUGCUGUUCGAGUCGAUUCAGGAGGGCCGGUUCAGCUUCCCCGAGAGCGAGUGGAUGGACGUGAGCGAGGAAGCGAAAGAUCUGAUCCGCGGGCUGCUGGUGAAGGAGGCACCGAAGCGCCUGAGCGCCACCGCGGUCCUGGAGCACCCGUGGAUUCGCAUCACCGACGUCGCGAAGCAGAAGCAGCGCAACCGGGUGCUGAAGACGCCGGGCGUAAUCCGACGCUAUCAAUCAGCGUUGCAGUUGUCCCACUUUGCCGAAUCGGCGAUGGCGGUCAAGCGUGUCAUCAUGCAGCACUUUUCGAUGCGCUACGACUACAUGGCGAAGGAGCGCCCGAACAUCUAUCAACCGUCGUGCAAUGGGCACCAGCAGUCGGCGGGCCAACAACAACCACCGGUCACCGGUGAGAUCGCCGGUGGAGCGCCAAACAUCGGCAACGGGUCGGUCGGAAACGAUGUCGCCAGCGGAGGGCCGGUGGCCGAAUCGAACGGAGUCUGUGAUGAUGAAAAACCCCUGGAGGCGAUCGGUGAAGCGAGUGGCGGUGACGAGAGACGGUUGUCGUGGGACGAUAGUCAGCAGGAAGCGGAGGAAGCGUUGGCAGAAGGAAGUGGUAAUGGGGACUACCAAGAAGAUGAUGCUGUGUCCAUCGAUCGGGCGGAGAACGUGGAGGCGCCAACCGAUAUGACUGCGGUGGUGGUGGAACAGGAGGAGAGCUGUGUGGUUGAGCAGCAGCAAGCUACCGGAGAGGAGCUUGGUUUGGCUCGCGACAGAAGUGACAGCAGCGAGGAGCAGCAGAAGCAGCAGGAAUCGAUGCCGGUUGGUGAUCCGACGACUGACAAAGGAUUGCAAAAUUCCGAUUCACCGACGACGAAGACGAAGACUUUGAUGAACACAACGAGGACAACGACGAACGCGGACCCGGAAAGCGCUGGUGGUGAGAUCGUGACGGCGGUGGUGGCGGCGGCGGCGGAGGUGAUCAAGUCCCCCUCCGACAGGUCGAAGGAAGCUAACCGUCCUUCGGCGGCGGUUGCUGCUGCUGCGGUGAAGCGUGAUGACGAUGAGCCGAAAAUGCCGCCGGAAACUAGCUGGCGGUACCGUGCUGCUAUUGCUGCUGCGGCCAAUGGUGACGGAGCGGACCAUCAGGGCGGCGGGAUUCGUAACAGCCAAUCCUAUCACCGUCCGUCGGUGGCUGCUGUCGGGUUGGGCUACUACAAGGGUGGCCGCACGGGCCAUUAUCACUCGCACCCUCAGCAUUAUCAUUACCAUCAGCAGCAGCAGCAUCAUCAUCAUCAUGGUGGUGGAAGCUACCACCACAACAUUAAUCAUCACUAUCGGCCGCAUUACAACGGAGGAGGAGCUGCUGGGAGCCAUUACCACAACCAUGGCGGCCACCACGUGCCGCGAGCCAUCGUCGUUGGAGGAACUGGUGGUGGCGGCGGCGGCAGCGUACCCAGCGGCAACCCGGCUGCCGUUCGCUACAAUCGUAUUAUGAGAAGCAAUAAUGGCGAGCCGUCCGAAAGUAUUGAUAUUCGUGCGGUGCACCUGAAGCAGCGGCAGCAGUCAAUGCAGCACCACUACGCACCCCGCGCCCAUAACCACCACGCCCAGCAUCACCAUCCGCAGCAGCCGCAGCAGCACCACUAUCAGCUGCAAACGUCAGCUUCGCUCCCAUCCUGGCGCGCACAGCAGGCGUUCCAGCGAAGCAGCAGCCGCUACGACGACGAAACCGACAGCUAUCGCUACAGCAAUGGCGGCCCCCAGAAUGGUACUACUGGCGGUGCUGGUGGAAAACUUGGCGCCAGCAGCAACGGUAACAACCCAACUAACUUUAAUCACCAUCAGUACAAUCGCGGAGGAACCAAUAAUGUUAAAAGUAAUAAUAACACUAGUAGCGUAGCCAGUAAUGGAACUAAUCAUCCGGCGGUAGCGGCGCCGACUCGGAACAUGAGCAAUGGCCAUCACCAGCAGCAGCCGGUACCAACUUACCAGCGCCAUCAGCAGCAGCAGCAGCAGCAGAAUCAUUACCACAACUAUGGAAGUAGUAGCAGCAACGUCAACAACAACAACCACAGCCAGCAGUUCUAUCAAAGCAACGGUGGCGUUGUCGCCGGAAUGGCGGCUGGUGGGCUCUACGGAGGUAAUGAUUACAAUAGUCAGCACCAGCAGCAGCACCAGCAGCAGUACGGUUACUACGGUGGUGGUUCCCAGCGGCAGCACAGUCCGUUGCCAUAUCGUGCGUUAAUGAUGCCGGCGGCCGCCGGCGGUCAGCAGCAAAAGGUACAGCAGUACCAUCACCUGAACCAUUAUCGUCCACCAUCGGCUGGCGGUGUUGGAAUGCAACGUCUGUCGAAGGCUGUCCCCGCAGCAGCUGCUGCUGAUGGAGCGUCCGGAGAGGAUGGUUACUCCUGGCGCCCUAGUAGCGAUGCUGGUGGCGGCGGCGGCGGUGGCGGCCAUCCGAAGCAAUCACAAGCAACGGCGGUUUCGGCGUCAUCGUCGCCAUGGCAACAGCAGCAAGCGCAGAGCAGGAGUAAUGUGAACUGUGAUCCAACUACAAAUACUAUAAAUAGUAGAUAUAAGCUUUAUCAUUCGAACUCGACCACGAUCGUGAGUGCGCUGAACCGGGAAACGCGCAACAACGGCUACCAAUCGAUGAUGAUCGGUGGCUUCGAUCAGUUGAACUUGGACGACGGUUGUGGUGGUGAUGGUGGCGAUGGCGAUGGCGGCGGCGGCGAUGCCUGCUUUGAUGGCUACCAUCGUGAGCGCCCAAUGCAGGCGCAAUGCGGCGGAACCGAGCACAGCCCGGACGACGACGAAGAGUACCCGGUGGAAGAAGCGGUGGUUCGCCAGCAGCAGCAGCAGGAGCAGCAGCAGAAAGCGCAGCAACGACAGAUGCAGCUGCAGCCUCGCCAGCAGACGGAAUCGAUCGACAGCAUCGACGAGGGUGUGUACAGCAGCAGCACGAGCAGCAGCACCAGCGGUGUCGGUGGGGAAUCCGGUCCCGCGGGAACAACCGCCGGUCCGAUGCAGUUGCUUCCGGUCGGGCUGUCGCCACCGAACGAGAGCAUGCUGAUGCAGCGUCGGCUGUCGUUGAAAUCGCAGCGCAGCAUUAGCGAUCCGACCGGAGCGCAGGCACCGCCACCGUCAUCGGCACCGGUGCCGUCGAGACCGAUCGAGGUGCAGGCACAUCCGUUGGCCAAAAAGGCUCAGCAGCAGCAGCAGCAGGCGGACGAGGAGGAGCAGCACCUCAACAACAAUAAUGCCGACGAAGGCGUCAACCUAUCGUCGCCCGAUCAGCACAACGACGACGAGGGCGAGGACGACGAUGACGAUCGCCACCACCGUUAUUAUGAUCACUACCCCCAAUAUCAUCACCAGCGCGUCACCUUUCCAUCCGCUGGCGGACAACGGAAUGGAGUAACAGCUAGCUACGGCUACCGUCAUCAGCAGCAGCAGCAGCAGCAGCAACGGCAGGAUCAUCGUGUAGCAUCACCGCAACAAAGUGCAGUUUCCCCGUCACAACGCAAAGUGGUUAACGUGUGUGGUGGCAUCCCCUGA